CGUCACACUUUUUCAACCUUUUCCGUGCGAAGAGCACGUCUCUCUGGCAAUGUCGACAGACUGGUAUCCCUGUGGGUUGUUGAAUAACAAGCCCACAAACCCAUAUGCCGUAUUGAUCCUGAACCAGCCAAUCAACAAAAAUGCUUUGAACGCGGUCAUCCAGUCAGCUUCUCUGUUAGUAUGCGCCGACGGAGGGGCUAACAGAUUGUUGGAGUACGACCACAAUGCCACAAAUGGCUUCGAGAAACGGCUGCCAGAUGCUAUCAUAGGGGAUCUUGAUUCCAUCACACAGCCGACGGAACGAUAUUAUCGGUCCCGCGGAGUCCAGGUCGUCAGAGAUCCCGAUCAGUAUUCCACAGAUUUCACGAAAUGCCUAAAGUGGAUUCGCGACCGGACCACGAAGGUCGCCAUUUCGUCCGACUCUACCAUGGACGUUGUCGUGCUGGGAGGACUCGGUGGCCGUGUGGAUCAGGGCUUUUCUCAAGUCCAUCAUUUAUAUCUUGCAGAAAACGAUAAAGAACUUCUGACCGGCCGCAUAUAUCUCCUAUCUGAACAAAGCUUAUCAUUUGUCCUAGCUGAUAGUAUCAAUCUGGUCCAUCUCGAAGCCGGAUAUUUUGAAGAAAACGUCGGCAUCAUACCCAUCCUCGGACGUACAUUGAUCACCACUAAAGGUCUCGAGUGGGACGUCGACCAGUGGCCCACCGAAUUUGGCGGCCAGAUGAGCACGAGUAAUCACAUUCGCUCCAAUAUGAUUGAGCUUUCCUUCGACGGCCCCCGACCUUUGUUCACCCUAGAACUUCAUCAAUGUUUCACACUUGCCGGGACCUGAAGCAAGACGAACCAUCGCACCGCUUCGUUUUACCUCCGUUCGCUUCAAUCCUCAGAAGGCAUUUGCACAUGGAUUGGACGGACUCGGCCGGAAGCUGCAUUUUUGUCGGAUACCUCACAAUUAGAGUCAGACCCUUCCAUUACAACUUCGUUGCUAGUGCCGCUUCGCUAGACACAUCAAGGCACUGUGCCACAGGGAUUUGCGACGUCUUGACAGCAAGCGUUGAUACCUUAUCCGUAUCGUCGUGCCACUACCCAAAGGGUUGCGCGUUGAGAUAAUGCAUGUUGCUACAAUCUCAGGUUUUGUGGAAACAAACAUUGGCCAUUACAGGCCCUGCACGUUGCAUUUCAAGUCCUAUACAGGCCAGAAAUGGCCAAUCAGCCUGGCUUCUUCGACAUCCUAGGGGUAUUCCGGGUUGGUGAAGCAGAAGAUUUUCGGUUUUCAUAUCUGCCUCUCGAACCACUUGGGGUGGGGGAUUUUGUUUCAUACCAGUCCACGUCACUAAGAUUAAGUCUCCUGGCACGAGGUGCGUUGCGCCCAGACUUUUCAGACCGGCUAAGAGAAGGGUUGUAAUGGUCGAAGCCUGGUUUGAGUCCCUUAGUAUUGGGGUUCUUUUGCAAAGGGGGUAGCACGGUAGGAUCAUUAGGGAGACUUUGGGAUAUACCAUCGUGUUGAUCAUCUUCACGCAAAUCAUAGUUCAAGACCAAGUUCUUGAUACGCUGUUGCUCCUCUCUUUCAGCGGCCUGUUGGGAUUUCAUCGAGAUCGCAAAGCUUGAAUCCGAAGGGAGCUCAAUCGUCUUCGUCUGAGAAAUGGUUAGUCACGUCAGUAGAGAAUCAAGACAACAAGGUCCUUCAGAGGAUACUUGCCUGCUGGCGGUUGCCUCGCUUAGUCAUCAAGGAGAAUGCCAUCGUAUUUGGUUCGGUUUCGACCGGUGUCU